AUGCAACCCCUUGAAAUUAGGCGCAGUCACAAGUCAGCAUUCGUGAGCCUAAACAAGCGCAUGUCCCUCCGUGCGCCUCGCGUGCCUCCGGGAGGAGAGCGGGGACACUCACAGGGCAGCAGCUCGGGGCAGCUGGAGGAGAUCAACACCAAAGAAGUGGCACAAAGGAUCACGGCGGAGCUGAAGCGCUACAGCAUCCCGCAGGCCAUCUUCGCCCAGCGGGUGCUGUGCCGCUCUCAGGGCACCCUCUCGGACUUGCUGCGCAACCCUAAGCCUUGGAGUAAACUCAAGUCCGGCCGGGAGACCUUCCGGAGGAUGUGGAAGUGGCUGCAGGAGCCGGAGUUCCAGAGGAUGUCGGCCCUGCGGCUGGCAGCCUGCAAACGCAAAGAGCAAGAGCCGAACAAAGAGCGGAACAACUCCCAGAAGAAAUCUCGCCUGGUGUUCACGGACCUCCAGCGCAGAACGCUCUUCGCCAUCUUCAAGGAGAACAAGCGCCCCUCCAAAGAAAUGCAGAUCACCAUCUCCCAGCAGCUGGGCCUGGAGCUCACCACCGUCAGCAACUUCUUCAUGAACGCCCGGCGGCGCAGCCUGGAGAAGUGGCAGGACGACCUGAGCUCCGGGGGCUCCUCCUCGGCCCCCAGCACCUGCACCAAAGCGUGA